AUGAAUCAGCAAGAGCAACCAAUGGUAAACAUGAACCUGAAAAAAAAAACCAGCGGUAAACGUGAAUCAGCAAGAGCAACCAAUGGUAAACAUGAACCAGAAAAAACAACCAGUGGUAAAAAUGAAUCGGCAAGAGCAACCAAUGGUAAACAUGAACCAGAAAAAAGAACCAGUGGUAAACAUGAAUCAGCAAGAGGAACCAAAGGUAAGCAUGAACCAGAAAAAGCAACCAGUGGUAAAGAUGACUCAGCAAGAGCAACCAAUGGUAAACAUGAACCAGAAAAAACAACCAGUGGUAAACAUGAAUCGUUCAAAUGGAUCGGGUUUGCUGGGAGUAAAAUUCUGGUUUGA